CCCAUGCGGGUGGUGGCGCUGCGAUUGAACAGCACCGGGCUCGUCGGAGCACUCCCCCCAGUCAUCGGGAACCUCACCUUCCUACGCAAGCUGGAUCUGAGCUUCAACUUGCUCCACGGGGACAUUCCAGCCAGCCUCGGCCACCUCCGCCGCUUGAAGAGGCUCUACUUGUAUGACAACUCCUUUUCCGGCCCAGUCCCAGUGAAUUUAAGCUGGUGCACAAGCAUGAUCAUAAUGGGACUGUCCAACAACAAGCUUGGCGGGCACAUCCCGGCUGAGCUUGGCGAGAAGCUCAUGUCCCUGGAAGUGAGAAACAACAGUUUCACCGGGCCCAUCCCGGCAUCUCUGGAAAAUCUGUCCCAUCUACAAAUCCUCGACCUCUCCCAGAACCAGCUCAUGGGCUCAAUCCCACCAGGGCUCGGCAGCAACCAGAGCAUGCAAUAUUUCGAUCUCUUCGGAAACAACUUCUCUGGUAUGCUCCCACCUUCUCUCUAUAACUGGUCAUCCCUGGAAGUACUUAACGUAGGGGGAAAUAUGUUCUAUGGAAGCAUUCCAGGUGAUAUUGGAAGCAAGUUCCCCAAGUUGGAAUAUCUCAACCACUCUCCAACGGUUAUACUUAGAGGAUAAUAGGAUCUCUGGGAGUAUAUCAGCAGAUAUCAACAAUUUGGUUGGUCUGGAAAUACUUUUUAUAGCAAAUACGUACAUGUCCGGAGUGAUUCCAGAGAGCAUUGGUAAGCUAGAGAACUUGGCCGA